AUGAAGCUCGCUAUCCUCUCUGUCCUCACGGCUGCGGCUGCGGCUAACGCCCAUUUCACGAUGCAAUAUAUCUGGGAUAAUGGCGUUGACGAGGGCCAGAACAACUACAUCCGUGUCCCCCCCAAUAACAACCCUGUCACCGACGUCACCUCGACCGACUUGACUUGCAACGUCAAUGGUCUCUCCGGCGCCAACGUCCAGACUCUGUCCAUACCGGCCGGUGCCAACAUCACCUUUGAGUGGCACCAGCACGACCAGCGUACUGGUGAGGACGCCAUUUCUGGUGGCCACAAGGGCCCUGUCCAGGUCUACAUUGCCAAAGCACCGUCGACCGCUGCGUCGUUUGAUGGUCAGGGUACCGUUUGGACGAAGAUAUACUCGUCCGGUCUCCUGAACGCUCAGUCUCAGCAGUGGGCGACCGAUGUCGUCAACUCCAACAGCGGCAAGCACAGCGUUGUGAUCCCCUCAUCGCUCCCCGCUGGCGAGUACCUCCUCCGUUCCGAGAUUAUCGCCCUCCACGUCGCCCAGAGCUACCCUGGUGCUCAAUUCUACAUUGGCUGCGCUCAGGUCAAGAUCACAGGCGGCGGCAGCGCCAACCCCCCGAAGAUUGCUCUUCCGGGUGCUUACCAGCCCACGGACCCCGGCAUCACUGUCAACAUCUACAACAACCUACAGAACUACACCGCUCCGGGUGGAGCUGUCUGGUCUGGCUAA